CCCAUGGCGAUCAUCAAAGAUGAAGAUGCACUCAACGGACAUCUUUACCAUGCAUUUAUGGAAGGAGACGAGGCAAAGGUGAUCAAACUCUGCGGAAAAACAGCAGAAGGCCCACUACACAAAAUGACUAUACAUAAGGACACAGUCAUUCAUGUGGCCUGUGAUGCCAAAAGAAGCGAUCUUGUGCUUAAGCUGCUGGAAAUGUUGCCCAAAGACCAUGAUCCCAGACAACUCACUGUUAAAAACGAUGUCGAAAACACUAUACUCCAUGAAGCAGCCACGGAUAGCUGCCUGCUGCCUGCUGCGGAAGAAAUGUUGAGGAGAGCGCCGGAGUUGUUGACGAAGCGCAAUGUCUAUGGUGAGAUUCCUCUCUUUUGCGCCGCAAGAAAUGGGGAGAAGAAGAUGUUCAAAUUUCUAGUUGGUGAAGUUGAGAAAAGAGGCCCCAAGGAAGAAGAAUGUCUAAAAGGCAUUUUCCAGAGGAAAGAUGAAACCACUAUUCUUCAUAUUACAAUCCUUGCUGAGCACUUCGACCUGGCUAAGUUGAUCACAACAAAGUAUAGCUAUAUAAGUAAUCUAAAAGACGAAGAUGGAAUGACUGCUCUUCAACUUCUGGCAUGCGAUUCAUUGGCAUUUAAAGUUGGAAGAGAAUAUGGAUUUCUAAAGCACUUCAUGUCCUCUUGUCUGUCAAGGAAAAAAGAAGAAGAUGAUGAAGAGUCCCAAGCCAAAGUUUUAUCUGCUAAACCACAUUGGAGAUGGCCCAUGUUGAAAGAAGUUAGGAAAAGGAGGGCUAAAUAUGAAUCAGCCUGUGCUCUGGCAAAGUUGUUGAUCCAAAAAGACACUUCAUGGAAGACCACCGAAGCAGGGGAAGCUCAGAGUAAGCCUAAGCCCCACAAAUACAGAAAAGAAGAGAAAGAAGAUAGAGGAGCAUCAAAGUUAUCAACCCCUUCCUUGGAUGAUCAAAUGAAAAAGGCCUCAAAAUCUUCCUCCACUGAAAAUAAUGGUCAUGAAUUAGAAGUAGAACAGGAAGAAGCAGAAGAAGAAGAAGAGGAAGAGGAAGAGAAAGGAGAUGACUACCAAGAAAUAUACAAAGAUCCCAUAACGACAGGGGAAACUCCAUUAUUUUUGGCAACAAUGUGUGGGAAUAUCGAGAUUGUGGAAGAAAUACUGAAUGUGCACCCUCAGGCACUUGAGCAUAUCAAUAAAAAGGGGAGGAACAUCCUGCAUGUAGCCAUCAAGUAUAGCCAGAAAGAAAUAUUUGAACUGGUGAUGAAGAAGGAAAUACUGGCUAGGAGGCUCAUAACCAGGACUGACAAGUUUGGGAAUACGAUACUGCAUAUGGCUGCAAGAAAGAAGAAGAGAAGUUAUUUAGCAGAAAAUAUUCAAAGCCCAGCACUUCAACUGAGAAAGGAGUUGCUCCUAUUUGAGCGGGUGAAGAAAAUUUCUCCUACCUAUGCCACCAAGCACCUAAACAAAAAGAAGCAAACUCCGGAGGAAUUAUUUGCCACCACCUAUGCUCGACUCCAUACCAACGGCAAAGAAUGGAUAAAGCGAACCUCCGAAAACUGCACCAUUGUGGCUGUCCUCAUCGCUACAGUUGCCUUCGCUGCAGCCUACACAAUACCAGGAGGCUCCAAUGAAGAAACUGGCCGUCCCAUCCUUAUCUACGAAUCAUUCUUCGUGGUUUUCACCUUGACUGACGUACUCUCCCUUACCUUCGCGUUAACGUCAGUGGUCACAUUCCUUUCCAUUCUCACCUCCUCCUUCCCGAUACAAGCCUUCCGGCACUCUCUUCCUCAGAAGUUGAUGGUGGGUCUAACGUUGUUGAUACUCUCCGUCACCAUGAUGAUGGUGGCGUUUGGUGCAACCAUCAUCCUCAUGGUGAACAACAAGGAAAAAUGGAAGCGGAUUGGUCUCUACUUGGCUGCAUUCUUCCCUGUUACCAUCUUCGCCAUCUCGUAUUCGUCUCUGUACCUGUCGCUUCUGAGCACCGUACCCCACCUGCUGAAGAUUGUAUGGAAGGCUUGUCCGAGGUACGAUUGUGCUCCUCUCCUGUCUUGGGUCCCCAAGUUGUUCCGACCGAAGAGCUCCGCAUGGACUUCCAAGCCUCAAACAACUGGUGGUCAUCAGGUUUGACAGAUCUCUCCCUCCCUCUCUUAUUGUAAAGGUAAAAAUUGCUGACAUGCAACUUUAUUCUCUGCUAAUUAGCUUUAAUUUUUGAGUAAAUCUAGACAGGCAGACAAACUUUAACAAAGCUUUGUUAACCUUACAAGAAACGAAUUAACAGUACUAACUCAUGUGUUUUUAAAGCCAAAAUAUUGACUCACACCAUAGGAAAAAUUAAUCAAGUGUUCAUUUUGUGUA